AUUGGCCGAAUUGGUAGAAAAAUCAAUGUGAUCAAUCCCAUUUGGGCCGUCUUGAGAAACAUGGCGGCGCAGCUAGAUGCGGUUCCUCCCCCGCAAUCCCAGUCAUCACUGUCUUUUACCCAAGGCUUUCUUCUAGGGCAACUAUCGAUUGUGAUACUCAUUGGAGCAUUCAUCAAAUUUUUCGUUUUUGGUGACCUUCCUUCACCUGAGGCCACUGCUGCGACGUUUGCGACAGCUCGCCGGCAACGCACUCUCGCCCACCGUCGAUCAGUGCAGAGUCAAGCGCCGCAGCCAGCGUCACUACGCAAAAAGCGAUCGAGUGCGCUUCGCAAUCCUCCGCCUCUGACGACUGAUACAAUACUUUCAAAAACUUACUAUAACGUUAAUUCUCAUCAACCAGAAAGCUUGGACUGGUUCAACGUCCUCAUUGCGCAGACAAUAGCCCAGUUCCGAAACGAUGCACACCACGAUGAUGCCAUAGUGGAAAGCUUGACAUCGGUUCUCAAUGGCCCUCAUAAGCCUGACUUCUUGGGCGACAUAAAAGUAACAGAAAUUAGUUUAGGCGAGGACUUCCCCAUCUUCAGCAAUUGCAGGGUCACGCCAGUUGACGAAGAUGGACUUGGAAGCGGACAAGGAGGCCCCUGGGGGGAAGGCGGACGCCUGCAAGCUAGAAUGGAUGUAGACCUCAGUGACUUUGUCACCUUGGGAGUUGAGACGCAAUUGAUCCUCAAUUAUCCAAAGCCUCUUGUGGCUGUUCUACCGGUGGCUCUCGCAGUAUCUGUUGUCCGUUUUAGUGGCACGUUAUCGAUAUCCUUUAUUCCAUCGUCUCCUCGAGGGCCUUCUCCGACCACGCUUGCAUUUUCUUUCCUAGAUGAUUAUCGACUUGACCUUUCAAUUCGGUCUCUUGUCGGCUCUCGCUCUCGACUGCAGGACAUUCCAAAAAUUGCUCAGCUGGUUGAAGCGCGCUUGCACAGCUGGUUUGACGAGCGCUGUGUCGAACCGCGUUUCCAGCAGAUUGUCCUUCCCAAUCUAUGGCCGCGGAAGAAGAAUACGCGCGGCGGUGAUGAAGCGUCCAAGCCUUCUCCUUCGAGCCACGAGAGGGAUCUUCGCGAGGAGGCGCAGAGGGAGAUUGAAGCUGAAGCAAGAGCUCAGAGGGAGAGGGUAGAGCGUGAGGGUCUCCGAUGGAGAAGGAGGGCUACGGGGGAAACAUUCACAAUGCCCGGUGCAAUGCCUCCAGACUCAGUGCCAUGAGCAGCAUAGGAAGAGGCACAGGUCCGAGUGGUUAGGAAAAAGUAUUGGUUUGAACGCAUUAUUCGGCGCAUUUUAGUAACUCUUUCUCAUUGUGACGGAGCUUGACUUUGGUAUUUCGCAAGUACAGAAAUCUCAUUUCGUAGAUGUGAUUUAGAGCAGGAGAAAUUACAUGUU